AGCGGCGGGCUGCGGAGAGGCCAUGUUGGGUCGCUUCCUGUAAGUUUAGUGAAGGAGCCGCAGUAAGACUCGACGACAGGAGAAGAAGUGACGAUCAGACUCUGAGACUCAGGAUGAACAUGAGCAGGCUGGUGCUGCAGAGAGGAUUCAGACCUCUGCUGCCCGGCUCCUCCUCCACGGUGCAGAGCUGCCUGCUCUCCACACAGCCGGUCCCUGCAGCCCGGCUGCCCUACAGAGUGAAGGUGUCUGCUGGGAAACGCUACGCCUGGUGUGCCUGUGGACACAGUAAGAAACAGCCUUUCUGUGAUGGAGCUCACAAGACGGCCGCACCCAGCAUCUCUCCUCUACGUUUCACCCCUGACAAAGACAGGACGCUCACGCUUUGUGCCUGUAAGCAAACUAAAAACGCACCAUACUGCGAUGGCUCACACAUCAAGGUCAUCUUCCAGGAUCUGGUGAAGUGGGUGAAAGGUGUGUUUAAAUGAUGUGACAGUAAGAUAUUAAACUGAUAUUGGAGCAGCUUUGGCUCAUGGGUUAGCGCGGCCGUCCUCUAACAAGAAGUUCGGCGGUUCGAUCCCAGUGUCCUUGGGCAAGAUGUAAAACUUUACUGUAAAGCGCUUUGAGUGGUCGUCCGAACUAGACAAGCACUAUAUAAAUAAAGACCAUUUACCUCCACUGA